AAUGUAUUACCUCGACGUUGUGUACUAUUUUGAAUAUUUUACGUAAUGAUGUGGGCCAUAUACAGUAACAAGAUUUAUUAUUAUUAUAUUACACUGAGUUAUUCGAUUGAACGUAGUUAAAGACGCAUUCCGAUGAGAGUUGCUGAUCAGCAUUCUCGAUGCGUUAAUAAUCGAUCUCACCCACCUUCCUGUACUUCAGAAUGCAGACAACGUGACAAGGAUCUGGAAGAAGCUCGUUCACGUGCUACUCAACUUGAAAAAACGAUGAGAUGGUGGUCAGAUUGUACAGCUAGCUGGAGAGAAAAAUGGGCAUCAUUACGUGACGAGAGAAAUUAUUUACGAGAGAAAUUGAGUUCAACACAGAAAUCUUUAGAUGAUGCAACGGAAAUUAUAGAGACGUUAAAAUUGGAGAAACAACAAUUACUUGAAGAUUUUUAUCCAUCGAAUAAUCAACUUCAUAAAUAUAAUUCUAUUUCAACUAUGAAAUCUACCAUUAAUCCAAUUUGUUCAAUGAAACAAGAAACUAGUCAAUCAGGAAUAACAGAAUCGAAUGCAGAUCAAGAUAUGUGCGCUAUUGAAAAACGAAACAGAUCAAAAGAUAUUGGAAGUCAGUCAACUGGAUUUUCACAUAAUAAUCAACCUAUAAGAACACAAUUACUGGAAUUGUAUUCAACAAUCCGUUGGUGGAAGAAUCAAUGUAUGAAUUUAGAACAGGAGAUUCGCCAUCUGUUUGAAUCGAAUACUAAACAUUGGUCAAAGUGUAAAAUUUUAUCGCAUAAAAAUUUUCUACUUUUGCAAGAAAAUGAUCUUUUAAGAAAAGAAAUUUCUAAUCUAUGGUGUAUUCGAGAUAAUCAACAUGAUGAACGCACUGAUCCGAUUUCUUGUACAAAUAAUUAUGGACCACAAGCAUCAAAUGAAAAUAUUGAGUGUGGUACAUGCAAACAAAAUAUUGAAAAUAGAGAAACAUCAGUCGAGGAUUUAUUAUUACAAUUAUCUGAAAGAGAUUGUCAGCUAGAUUUAUUACAGCGUCGUUUAUCUUUUAUGUUACACGAACGUAGUGUACUUUGUCAUCAAUUAGAAGAAAUGAGUAUAGGAAAAGAUAAAUCUGAAUAUAAAACAUAUCUUACUGCCAAGAACAUAAAAACGCAUUUCAUUGAAAAUAUUGAAACAUUAAAAGAUGAUUAUUCAAAAUACUCUUAUAGGUAAGAUGAUAUUAUUAAUUCACUUAAUAUUACAAUGCCAAUCAUACGAAUGAUUAGCAUGAUGUAAUGAAGUUCUUAUGACAACAUGAAUGAAUUUUAGAAUUCCCCAUUAAUUUCUAGGUAGUCAUCAUAACUUUUUACAAUAUAUUAUAUUGUGAACUUAUUAGUCGGAACUAUUUUGAAUUCAUUCAGUGUGCUUCUAUUACUGGUGUUUAUUUAAUGGGGUUCUGUACAUCAAAUGAACACAAAUGUUAAUGUACAGUAAGAGAUUUUAAUAAUUUUCCAGGCAAAGGAAUUCAUGAUUCGCAAAUCCUAUCUCAACUAAUGGCCUAAAUGGUGUUAUUUGUCAAAUAAAUGAGGUAUUGAGUUAAAACUAACUAAAUACAGAUUAUUUUUGUACGUUGUUAAUGUUGAUCCAUUAACCAUGUAACAUUAUUGUUAAUGGAUUAGGGUUCUUUGAGGAGAGAUUGAAAUUCAUAAGCUCGAUUCUUAUAACAUAAUAACUACUAGUGGUGUAUUGUCUGAGAGAUCAUAAAGAUUGAAAUAAAUGUACAUCGACAAUUGGAUUUUAGUGGUUACUUGAAUUAAAUAGUCAUAUAACCGCAAAAGUCGUAUAACAGCGACACUGAGUCUAAAAAUAGAAGUUCGCAGUUACAUACGGUCUGAUUAAGACAAAAAAUAUUUCAUUUCAUAGUAUCACUAAUAAAGAAGUAAUUUAGGGGACAGAAAACAAACGAAAUAAUUAAAUUAUCUGAAUAAAUUAAAACAGAACAGUUUGUAAAUAAUGGUAUACCCAAGUGUACAGAUUAUUCAUGCGGUAAUAAAAUCAGUGUUGGGAUAUUCAGAAAAAUAUCCCAAAAAUUAUCCUGUUAAGUCUAAUGCUAUUCUUGGACUUGAGAUGGUAUCAUUUUCCUAUUGGUCAAUAUUUGUUCCAGGUGUCAUCUUCCUACUGGUCAAUACUUAUUUCACGUGUCAAAUGUUAUUUUCUAUUUUGUGGUACGAUGUGGUCUGCUUGAUUGGUAUAUGAACAGAGUGUUUGAAAUAUGGUGAUUCAUAUCUCAUAGGCUGAGACUUGCGUUCUGGACUCAACUGGCUGGGCUAGACAGGGAAGCGAAACCAAUCGGGACUCUAGGUCGUUCUUACGUGUUUAACGCGUCUUUGGUCCGAUCGAUAAUUCGCUGCCAUCUAAUCUGCAGUCCACAAAUUAUAACGAUCAGCUCUUAUUUAAAUGGCAUGACUAAACACCACAACCCUUGUCUAAUGCUCUGUUGAUAAUAUGAUAUCAUUUUUAUGUAUUCACCCUUUUCUUUAUAGUUUAUCCAUAAUGUGCAAGUACUUCAUUCGGAUUACAGACGGUUGUGAUAAUCUGAUUAAUUCAAUUAAAAAGAUAAGUUAGUUACAUCAAAUCGCGAUCUGUCCAAAGCAGUUCGUUAUUACUCAUAAAAUCCAAUUCGACUGAGUUUAUUCCUUACCAGUGAAUACCAUCAUUUCUAUAUAACACUUAUAAACGUAAUAGUAAAAGUUAACGGUAAUUUUAUUUCCUGUAAUUGAAGUACUCAGUAACUGGCAACAUAAAUAUAUAGAUUUACAUAACUUGACGCAAUAAGAUCGUGGGAUUAUCUGUCACGUUUUUAGUGAGUUAAUAAGUAUAUGUAUCCAGUAUUUUCUCCGUUCAUUUAUUGGGGUGGGGUGCUGUAUAGAAGUGAAUAAUAUUUAUUGAAGAUUUCAGUUGAUGCCUUAACAUUCACUAUACAUGUAUUUUUCAUUCAUUAUCUUGGGAUGUACAACCUUGAUGUAUUUAUGGAAGACAGUUAUGUGGAUAACUUCACACUCUUCAAAUGAAAUGUCGAGUGAAAAUCACUUUCUUAAAUAAAGCAUUCAUUUACCAAAUGAACUUAAAAUGCCGGGCAUCACACACAUAUUGAACGGGUGGAUAACGUCAUAUAUAGAAUCAUAUGACACUGACAAGGCUCUUCUAAGCUCUGCAUUUGAACGACAAAUGAGAACAUUGUAGUAGUCAGAGGGGAUAACAUAUUCAAUUGUGAGCAGAUUUGGAUUAAUGUGAGACUAUUAAACGGGAGUGUCUCAUUUGAGGGUUACCAAGAGAAGUCAUAGAAGUUUGACCAUGCGCUUUCAACUAGUAAAGUCGAUUAUAAUUAACAGUAUUAGUAUUGAAUGUGUGCGUAUAAACCAUGUUCUACAUUUUAUUUUCAUAAUUUCUACAGAACUGAAUUAGAUUCAAACUGCGAAACAGAAUUCACCUCUGAGGUACCUAAAAGCGUCAUAAAUAUAUUAAAUGAUAAAUUAGAAACAAUAUCACCAUCUGAUGAGUUCACAUUUAUGAGUAAUAAAAUUACUGAAUUGCGAAGUGAUGCGACUGAUGGAUCAUGAAAUCCACACAUAAACACUUACACUUUUUGUAUUUAGUAGAAAACUCAACAUCCAUAAAGUAUGCAGAAUUGAUAGCUCUUCUUUUAUGUUUCAAAUAUGUUCAAGUAUUUUACAUUGAUGUGUGUAUACAACGAGUCGUUGAAGAAAUACAAUAUAACCUGUCUUAUGAAUACACAGAUGCAUUGAGAGAAUCAUCUAAUAGUAUAUAUUUAUAUUUAUGUGGAUAUAUAACUCAAGCUUACAAAAAUAAAGUUUUAUCAACCUGAAAACCUACAUUUACCCCACAGGCCAAUAUAAUUUAAACUAGUAUCAUUCAGAAAUUUUGGAUUGAACUUUACGUCCAUAAUGUUUCUUGAUACUUUUUAAAUGUUUACCUUUACGUAAAAUACCUAUUUUCUCUAGAUUCAUUUUUUUCUAUUCAUCAUAUUUCAUAUCGAAACUUGUUAUCUUAUUCACUCUAUCAAAACUGGUGUUUCAAAUAAAACAGGAAUUAUUCAGUGACUUUUUGUUAUCAUACAUAGUUAAUCCAAGAAAGAAACGAAAUAACUUCAUAGAAACGUUACUUUACAAACAUUUGAGUGUAUCAUUAAUGUUUUUUCUUAUUUUAAAACGUGGGUAGUAAACCCAACAAGAUAGAUUCUGCAGCUGCCUUGUUAUUUGGCAUUUGAUCUUAACUAGAUAUUUUGACAUGAUGGAGUAUACAGACAUUUUUAUUAGAAUUUAAAAUCGAUAUAGUGAAUCGGCGAUCAGAACGUAGGAAAGACCACACACCUUAAAUGUUUUUAUCAAAUUAGGUGGACAGUUUCCUUAACCUUGGAGUCUUUACUGGAAUGUUUGAUGCACUUACUAUUUUCUUCAAUGGAUUAUUUUCAUUAAAUCGCCCUUAAGACCUUAUGAUUUCUUCUAGAGCUUUAGCAAAAACCUUUGUUGCAAAGUCCGCGCAUUUAUUGCCAAUAUAUAUAUAUAUAUAUAUAUAUAUAUAUAUAUAUAUACAUAUUAUAUCCCAAUGAGUAGGAAUAUUUUAUUUCUGGCGUUUCGUGACUUGACAUAAACCUCC